AUGGCGGUUCCGUGGAGUACAACACUGUGGAUGGCUAAGAUGGUGUGGAUUGCAUUAAGUAGUUGGGUAGUUUCUUGCUUGACUAUUGCUGAUGAGGUUGCUGCCUCUUUGAGAACUGGUGAUAUUGGUCCUUUUCAUGUUGGUUGACUCCUUUUGUACAGAAAAUAGGGCAUAUUGUGCUUUCUUCUUAUCAAUUUGUUUAUAGUGUUUUCAUUUUGUGAAUUGUUGUUUGACUCUUACAGAUUUUGUAAAUUUCUGGAUAAAUAUCAUUUACAGUAGUUUAUCUA